AUAGCUCGGUUGCCUGUUAAAACAGUAACCAGUGUCGCGAUACAAUGGAUGAUCUCUAUUUAGACAACAUUGACGAAUAUGUUAACGAUCAAAAUAAAAUUGUCACCUAUAAAUGGCUCAGCCUUACUCUUGGGGUCCAUGUCAACACAGCUAAACAAAUGCUUUAUCAUUACUUGGAGCAAAGGCGCAAGGAGAAGUCUGGAGCUACUCUGCAUGCCACCUACCUUGUAUCUGGGAAGUGCUUGGAAAAUGGUAGCAUGUGUCAUAAGGUGUCAGUAGUGCGUGAAGAAAAGCUUGAGGAUAUAAAAUCCAAGCUGGAUAUGACUGUUAGCAUACAUGUGUACAGUAUCCAGAAAUCUGAGCUGAAGGAUAGCGGUCCACUCUACAGUACAGACUAUGAUGCUGUUAAGGAGAAUUUGAAAAACUGCAACAAGUAUAGUGCCAUCCGCUGUGCUGCUGCUGUACCAGUGUCCUCUGGACAGCUACAGAGAGCUCAGGAAAAGGUUUUGGCCGCUGCACCUGACACAGAGGGCAGUAAACCAGGCCUGAAUGACCACAUGGCAGCUGCUUCCAAAAUUAGCGUCAAACAGCCUAAGGGCAUCAUGGGAAUGUUUUCAAGCAAAGCCACUCCUAAAAGUGAAGAGUACAGCAAAGAGGUGAAAACAGAGCAGAAAGAUGAUGCAUCCCCAGCUGAAGGUGCUAAAACUAGGCCAUCUUCCAAAGCUGAUGCUUUGAGCAAGUUUUUUGGAAAACCAGCAGAUAAAAAUGCUGCCACUGACAAACCAGACAAAAACAUCAAAGAGGAAGUGGAAGGAGCUCUGACAUCAUUGUCAGCUGUGAGCAAAACACAGUCUCACUCUUCACCUGAGCACAAGCAAUCCAUAAAAGAGGAAUUACUGAAAAAGUCUUCUGCAGUGAAAGGUGACUCCAAAGACACUGGGAAUAAAACAAAGCGACUUGAGCAGUCAGACAGCGAAGAUGAGAAAGGGGAGAGUCAGAAGACGAAGAGACGCAGAAUAAAGCAGCCACAGCCUGACAGCAGCGAUGACGAGGUAAUUCCAGAUUCUCCACCGGUGCCUGAACCGCAAACUCAGAGCCUUGAAAAUGAAGUGAAGAAAGAGCCUGUUUCACAUCAAGAAAUUUUAGAGGGUAAGAGGAGGAAGAGGAGACGAGUUUUGAAGUCGAAGACAUUUCUUGACGAUGAAGGCUGUAUGGUGACUGAGAAAGGCUAUGAGAGCGAAUCCUACUCUGAGAGUGAAGAUGACUUCAAGGCCAGCAGUUACCCCUCUGAGGAUUCAGUCUCACUCAAGCAAUCGCUUGGAAAGAGAGAGGAGGAAAAAAAGUUAAAAGAGAAAGGUCAGAAGAAGGCCCCUGCUGCUGCAAAUAAAGCAACCAAACAGGCGACCAUCUUUGGAUUUUUCCAGAAGAAAUGAACUUACCAGGAUUUCCUUUCCAUCACUGCCUCUUAGGAUAAAAUAAAGGUUGUAACCUUGUAUUGGAUAUAUGAUGUACUUUUUCAUGUUACAAGCUCCCCAAAUGCAACUUUAUUUCUCAAAAUAUUCCCUUUUGUACUUGUAUGUCCAUGCUGGACUUACCGUACAUAUCUGAUAGAUGUUCCUGUGAUGUUUGUCAGGUGUAUUGGUCACUGGUGAAUUUUGUCCUUCACCAUUAGGAUUAUAUGGUAUUAGCAUCAGAACACCAUGUUUUAAAUAAUAAACUUCUCUUUGUAGUAACACCUGUUAUAUUUUAGAUGUUUUCUGCCCUAUUCAAGCUGAGAUCUUCACUUCUUCUCAAGCCUUUGUGACUCAUUAAUUGCCAUAUGUAAAUCCUAAGAACAUUUUAGGAAAACAGGACAUGAUCAAUUCAGAAAGUAUGCUUCCCCCCACUGCUGUUUCUUUGGUUCAUGCUAGUUGUCUGUUCUUGCUAAGGGUGAGAGUUUUCCUUGAACAAGGUUCACAUUUCGACAUGACAUCACAUUCUGGCACUGUGGUUGGGUCGACCUCAGACGAAUUGAUUUAUUAAAACAAAACUUGACUGCUUGGGAUGGCAUGCCUCUGGAAGUGCGUGUCAAACCUAAAAUGAAACCUCUGAUCUGGUGCCACAGACAUGAAAUUGAGCUUUUGGGGCCAAACCACAAUUUUCUCCAUAAACCUCUUUUUUCUCCUUAGAAGUCCCUAAACUUAAUUUUUGUUUUACUUUUGAACAAUACUGACAGCAAAGAUUAAAUGAUAUAUAAUGCAAAUAUUGUUUGGGAUUCUUGCAUGUUUCUGCAAAUAAGGACUUUAAAAGGACAAAUUUGUUUAUGUAUAGGUAUUUUCUUGUCAAUAACCAAAGAAAUCAAAAUCUAUUGCUGUUCUUUCAUUGUUUCCGCCAGUGUAAUAAUAUCCCUGAAGCAGAUCACAUUUCACCUUUCCCCAUUCUAUGGUAGUUAACGGCCUUUAAAAAAGUACAGAAAGCUAAAAAUGUAAUCAGGAAAACAUCAUCAAAAUAUGUAAAAUUUCUUCAUGUAGAAAUUGAACUUGCAAGAACCUUGUUCUUGGAGUAUAAAGAAGAUUGAUUUGUUGUUUACUUUUGGGAGGUCUUAAAAAUAUCUGAAAAAACUCAUGGACUUGGCUUGUGACUGUCAAUUUUCAGACUAAAGAUUAGGUGCAAAAGGUGGGAAUUAACACCGGCAUUUAGGUGUAUGCAAGAGUUGCACUUCACAUUAAUGGCAGACGUUUGUUUCUGUUUGUUUUUUUUUUUGUUUUUUUUUUAAACAAACGGAAUAUCUUAUUAGAACUGUAAAAAGUGUAGUCUGUUUUUAUUUUGCCCCAUAUCAUAUAGAAUAACAGUUAACACUGACCUGGCUAUAUGUUCAUCCAUAUCUUACAGUAAUGCUUGUUGAUAGACCUGUUCCUGCUGCAUCCAGAGGUAGCAUGAGUGUGGUGUCUGCCUAAAUCUCACAUCAUACUUUUGUUUAAAGUAGUAGGUGCCUCCAUGUCUGAGAAAAUCUCUUGCUAGAUUAUAUGGCUAUCUUCGGGGGAAAAAAAAGCCAAGCUACUUCGAAGUGCUCUUGGCUUGGCACUGCAGUACAACAGUAUGAUUAACUGUUUCCAGGUUUGUCUUCAAAGGUGUAGUUGCUUGGAGGAUGUUUGAGCUAGUUCGUAACGUAUCCUGUUCCCAAAUUCUAAGGUACACGCAAACAAAAGUAAAAGCACCCUAUUCCUGGUCACACUAUUAACUAUUAAACAAUUAAUAAAAAGCCUUUUUAUCUCUAAUUUGUAUAAAGCUAAAUGAAAGCAAAUAAAUCAUUUUGAUAUAGGAGUCAGGUUUUUUUGGUUAAGGGAACAAAAUAAAUUUGUACUAAUAACUGCAUGUUAUGAUUUAUUCCUAUAAUUCUCCUCAUCUACUGCAAGGAAAACAAAAAGAAAUUGUGCAUUCAUUGAAAACAGAUUUUUACACUUUUUUGAGUGAUCAUAUUUUGCUGGAGGAAGAUUUUUUCGGUAACUGGGAAAUUAGGUGGCAUGCAUUAUUUCUUUGGGAACUGUUUCUGGAAAUGCUGUCCCAUGGACUACUUUGGGGUGUGUGUGCUCAGUAUGGGGGAUGAGGGGGCAGAAUUUCCACAUCUGGAAUAAUCUUUGCAAUCAGCCAGAGAGAAGUUGUACUUUACUGUUAUGGAUCAAAAGUGAGGCAUUUACACUCUUUACAACUAUUGUCAGAUGGUACGCAUGCAAGUGCUGAUUGCAGCUCAAACACUUCACCUCUCAUUCAUCAAUCUGUCACAUUAGUUAACUUGGCAUGGAAUACCCAUUCAUCAUAAUUGUUUUGAUAUGACAUUCAAAUGGAAUUUGUGUGUUGAUUAUCCUGUUUUUAAUGGCUAAAACUAAGCAAUCUGCUUUCACUCACUCCUGCACCCUUUAACCACUAAUGUUAAAUUUUAAUAAUUAACUUUGAUAUUAGCUGGACAUCUGAGACACAAAGUGAUUCUCUUAUCUUUAGUGAAAGGUAAGGGAAGCCCAAACAUAUUCUUCUAUUAUAGCUAGCCAAUUAUGCUAGCAUCUUCCAUCAUAAGCUGCUCUUUUAAUUUUGGGUGUUUUUGCUUGGCUAAGUAGAGAUUAUGAAAAGCCUACAGAUGACUAAAGUGUCUAUGAUGGGCAGCUCACAUGUCUGUGGCAUGGUUCUGAACAUUGGCUGAAAUGAUUGGGGUCAACCUAAUUAAACGGAGAAGGCAUAAAGCAGCAUGCUUUAUAGACUGGUAGUAUUUUGAUGACCCUCUAAUUCUAGGGAUAUUGUAACACCUUAAUCAGCUAUGAAAGCAAACAUGUCUCUGACUUAAUUACCUUAACUCAGUUUAGCACCCUUUGAGUCAGAAGGCUAUCUGAUUGAUUUGCAGUGCUUCGGUUUCUGAGACACCAUGAACUGCAGAAGCUCAGGGCCAGAGAUUUUACUAAUUCACAGUUUACCCACCUUCAUUAUCCAUAUACGGCCCUGUAUAUUCCCAUGCAACCUGAUUUUGUUGUUUUACCUGACCUUAAAUAACUCAGAGAAAACUGUUACACACAAUGGCUAAUCAGCCUUAAAUAUUUGUGAAACAUGGAACAUAUUUCCACCCUAAAGCUAUGUAUGUACUCAGAUGUCAAGGUGCAACCAAUAUGUUUUCUCUCUAAGAAAACUGAGGCUUUAACAAUGGGCAGCAAGGCUGUGUGGGCAUGCUUAUACAGUGAACUGACCCCUCCACUUGAUUUAUACCCAAUGACUGCCCCCAGCUGUUCAAACUGCCAGAGCCAAGACUAAGCAUGCAUAGCAAAAUUGGCCAAAUGCUAUUUAGAGGGAAUUUAAAACCUCCAUCCCAACAACGAAGGAACCAUGCUCAUGCCAAAGAUGGCAAUGUUUAAAAUCAAGUUUGUGUUCCAACAGCAAGGUUUGAACUCUCUUGUGAGGCAGAAUGUUUCAGGCUCUCUCACAAUAAACAUACCGGUACAGGUCAUUCUUUCAUGUCUAAUCAUUAAGGUAUAAAAUUAAGGAAAGGUUUUUUUUCCUCAAUGAUUUGCAAAUUAACAAACACAGUGCAUUGUCACAUGCACAGAAUCCCUCUCCCCCCACCCAAGAAUAAAUAGGAGCACAAAAUUCUCUGUCUCCCUUAGAGCUACUCAGAGGAACAAAUUGCCAGAAACUGUCAGAUCCAACAGCCAGCAGAUAUAAUUCACAGUUUCAUUGUGUGAUUAUUAAGGUCUGUAACUGAGGGGCUUCUGUUUCAAAAUAUUUUGUCAGGCCUUCAGUGAGAGAUGAGCAGUACUGUCUGGCACUGUGUGAGUCUAACACAACGACUCAUUGUGGUCAGGAUUGGAGCAAAAGUGGGCUUUUUGGGUUCAGAGGAAAAAGACGGGAAGGGAUAUUAGACACAACUCUUUAAACUUCACCAGUCUGUUUGGUGGCCAGUUGACUGUGAUUAGCAUGGCCCCCAAACAAAAGUGGAUUAUCCUACAUCUGGUGACCUGAACAAGACUGUUGACAAGCAACUUACAGGCUUGUUCUCUCUGAAACUCAGCUUGGCUAUGGAACAACAUCUACAUUAACCAACAAUCUUCAGCGUAUCUGAUGACAAAGCUAUUGAAAUCAUGUAAUUUGCUCUGCCAUUAAAUUCUCUGUACUGUGAUAUGUUAGAACAGGUGGCUAAUUCUUGUGUUACAAUAUCUUGUUCUGUUUUGUUGAGAUGAAACAUUAAGAUGAAAACUGAAUACAGUAAAUAAAAAUAUGUUUUGCAGCA